AUGUAUAGUGGAGCAUGUGUCUACGAGUUGAUAUCUAUCUAUCUAUCUAUCUAUCUAUCUAUCUAUCUAUCUAUCUAUCUCUCUCUCUCUCUCUCUCUCUCUAUAUAUAUAUAUAUAUAUAUAUAUAUAUAUAUAUAUAUAUAUUUAUCUCACUCUGUUCAUAUCUAUCUAUGUCUGUUCAUAUUUAUCUUUUGUUCAUAUCUAUGUAAUUAUGUUCAUAUCUAUCUAUCUAUCUAUCUAUCUAUCUAUCUAUCUAUCUAUCUAUCUAUCUAUCUCAGUCUAUUCAUAUCUAAGUCUGUUCGUAUCUAUAUAUCUAUGUUUAUAUCUAUCAAUCGAUUUAUGCCUAUUCUUUAUCUAUCUAUCUAUCUAUCUAUCUAUCUCAGUCUAUUCAUAUCUAAGUCUGUUCGUAUCUAUAUAUCUAUGUUUAUAUCUAUCAAUCGAUUUAUGCCUAUUCUUUAUCUAUCUAUCUAUCUAUCUAUCUAUCUAUCUAUCUAUCUAUCUAUCUCAGUCUAUUCAUAUCUAAGUCUGUUCGUAUCUAUAUAUCUAUGUUUAUAUCUAUCAAUCGAUUUACGUCUGUUCUUAUCUAUCUAUCUAUCUAUCGUACCAUAA